CUUGGAUCUGGUCAUUUGGGGCAGCUGAGAGGUACUCGGUCAUCUUGUCCCCAGAGAAGAUCAUUCCUGUCUCCAUAGCUCGGUUCUUGGAAUAUAGUACAAGUGAGUGUCAUUUCCUCAAUGGGACACAGCAUGUGCUGCUUGUGGAGAGAUACAUCUACAACCGGGAAGAGUACUUGCGCUUCGACAGCGAUGUGGGCGAGUUCCGUGCGGUGAAUGAGCUGGGGCGGCUGGACGCUGAAUACUGGAACAGCAGGAAGGAGAUCCUGGACAACAGGCGGGCCGCGGUGGACACGUACUGCAGACACAACUACCCGAUUGGAGAGAGUAUCCUUGUGCAGAGGAGAGCUGAGCCUAAGGUGACUGUCUACCCGACAAAAACACAGCCCCUGAAGCACCAUAACCUCCUGGUCUGCUCUGUGAGCAGCUUCUACCCUGGCCAGAUUGAAGUCAGAUGGUUCCGGAAUGGCCAGGAGGAGAAGACUGGGGUCGUGACCACGGGCCUGAUCCGGAAUGGAGACUGGACCUUCCAGACCCUGGUGAUGCUGGAGACAGUUCCUCAGAGUGGAGAGGUUUACACCUGCCAGGUGGAGCAUCCCAGCCUGAACAGCCCUGUCACAGUGGAGUGGAGGGCUCAGUCGUCAUCUGCACAGAACAAGAUGCUGAGUGGAGUUGGGGGCUUCGUGCUGGGUCUGCUCUUUCUCGGGCUGGGAAUGUUCAUCUACUUUAGGAACCAGAAAGGACAGUCUGGACUUCAACCGACAGGGUUGCCACUGGGGAUCAGUCACCUUCGGGGAUCUGCUGCAUGGUCUUGUGCACCGUCCCUGCCUGGGACUGGCUGCUCUUGGGACCCCCUGCCCACUGCCUGCCGCCAGGGAUCCCACAGCAAGCUAUUUGGGGAUCUGCAGCAGUUUUUAAUAAUCCACUACACCUGGGGUUCCCCUUUGUCAUACACAAGAGCACAUGUUAAAAGAAAACAAGUCAAAACAAAAAGGGAAUCAUUAGGUGAAACAAUUAAUUUAAUUAUAAUGAAAUAAAGAAACCAUCAAAAU